AUGCACGCUUUGCUUCAUCACGGCUUGGUUACACCAGAGCGAUCGGUGCCUUCUAGUCCUAGUUUGUCGCCUGCUGUUGUUACCCCCACCAAUGCCACCACCCAUCAUGUACAUUGCAACGACGAUACAUCGGCUGUUGAUAUGACAGAGUUGACUCGUUUAUUGCAAAAGGCAGCUUCUUCUCGAUCCACACGUGCUUUUCAUAUCUCCAAACCACACACACCAGCACCUUCGACAUCAUCUUCAUCUUUAUCUUCAGUAUGUACAACAUGUUCUUUACCGCAUCAGCAACAACAACAGCAACAACAAAAACAACAUCGACCACCUUUUGCUCAUCGAAACGCAUGUUCGAAUGUGCCAUCGCAAUUCAUUUUCAAGAAGCCUGAAUACAAUCAACAAUAUCAACGUACCCAUUUUCAUCGACCCAUGUGUAAUGGUGAUGAUGCAACUUCACCAUUGAUAUCAAGCAAGGAUGGAUCAUUUCUUGGAUGGUCCGAUCUACGCCGUUUCUUUGUAUCCGAUGUUACUGUAACAGGCAAUGGUUCAUUAUCCUGCAGCAGCAGUAGUAGUAGCAGCAGCAGCGGCAGCAACGAAAGCGACACGUUUGCCAAUCAAUUCCACCAUGACAUUGAAGGACGCUAUGGCAAAUGGGGUCGCUAUAUUGGUAAGGGCGCUGGUGGCUCUGUACGACUCAUUCACCGAUCCAACGACAGCAAACCUGUUGCCGUCAAGCAGUUCCGAAAGCGUCUACCCCAUGAGACAGAAAAGGAUUACAUCAAAAAAGUGACCGCCGAAUUCUGUAUUGGGUCCACUCUUCAUCAUCCCAAUGUGAUCCAAACAUUGGAUAUCAUCCAAGAGAACGAUUCCACCUUUUAUGAAAUCAUGGAGUUUUGCCCCAAUGAUUUGUUCAAUGUUGUCAUGAGCGGCAUGAUGUCUCGUGAAGAAAUCGCAUGCUGCUGGCGCCAGCUUUUGAAUGGCGUCGACUACUUACAUGGCAUGGGUAUUGCUCAUCGUGAUCUCAAGCUUGACAACCUUGUUUUGGAUCAUCGUGGCAUUGUCAAGAUCAUCGACUUUGGCUGCUCUUGUGUUUUCAAGUAUCCAUUUGAGAAGAACAUUGUCAUGAGCAAAGGCAUCUAUGGAUCUGAACCUUACAUUGCUCCAGAACAAUACACACAACCUACCUAUUCACCUGCUGCAGGAGAUGUAUGGUCAUGCGCCAUCAUUUUCAUUUGCAUGACAAUUCGCUGCUUCCCGUGGCGAGUGCCAAGGCUUUCCGACCGUGCAUUCCGUGCCUUUGCCACCAACUCCUCACAUCAACAAUACCGCAUCCUCAAGCAUUUGCCUCGUGAAUCACGUCCCAUCAUGGCUAGCAUGCUAGAUCUCGACCCCAAUCGCCGGCCAACGUUAUCAUCUAUUUUGGCCGAUCCAUGGGUAGCCAACAUUGAUGUUUGUACUCAUGAGACUCCUGGCAAUCAUCAUGUUCAUCAUGUCCAAGAAACCACCGCUGAAGCUGUACAAGAACGCAGUAACAUCGUCGUCAUUACAUCUGAACCACCAGGUGUUGUUGCUGAAAAGGAACGUCGUCGACAUCAGCAACAUCAAAAUGUGGCAGCUGCAGUCGCUGCAAAACGUCAUCAAUAA